CAAAACUCCACCAAACUCCCACGACACCUAGACCACCGACUCGACGCUUUUCAUCCUCAGACACAGCCGAAGCGCCAUCAUCGAACCUCCUUGCGCCUAUCCGACUCGCCCGCGAAGCGCCUUACGACUACGAAAGGCUUCACUACUGAGCACCUUACAACUGUUGAGAGCCGCCCGUCAUGGCGCAAACAAAUCCAAAUGCCAUCAACGUAAACGAUCCAGGCCUCAUCACACUCGUCAACAAACUCCAGGAUGUCUUUACGACAGUCGGCGUCCAAAACCCGAUCGAUCUGCCCCAAAUCGCUGUCGUUGGCUCACAAUCGAGUGGAAAGAGUUCGGUGCUGGAAAACAUAGUCGGACGAGACUUCCUACCACGAGGUACCGGAAUCGUCACAAGGAGACCUCUCAUUCUCCAACUCAUCAACAGAUCUCCUCCUGCGAAACCGCAAGAGAAUGGCGCAAAUGGCGAGGAAACAACGGACAAGGAGUCAAAUGCAGACGAGUGGGGAGAGUUCUUGCACAUUCCUGGCCAGAAGUUCCACGACUUCAACAAGAUCCGUGACGAGAUUGUGAAGGAGACAGAAAGCAAGACCGGUCGGAAUGGAGGAAUCUCACCCGCGCCCAUCAACCUGCGCAUCUACUCGCCGAAUGUCCUGACACUCACACUGGUCGAUCUGCCUGGUCUGACCAAGGUGCCGGUGGGUGACCAGCCGAGAGAUAUUGAGAGGCAGAUCAGGGAAAUGGUCCUCAAGCAGAUCUCCAAACCCAACGCGAUCAUCUUGGCUGUCACGGCUGCCAACACGGAUUUGGCCAACUCCGAUGGAUUGAAGCUCGCAAGAGAAGUCGACCCUGAAGGUCAACGGACAAUUGGUGUGCUCACAAAGGUGGAUCUCAUGGACGAUGGUACCGACGUUGUGGAUAUUCUGGCCGGCCGCAUCAUUCCUCUCCGACUAGGCUACGUUCCAGUGGUCAACCGUGGACAGCGCGAUAUCGAGAACAAGAAGGCCAUUUCAUAUGCGUUGGAGAAUGAGAAGAACUUCUUCGAGAAUCACAAGGCCUACCGGAACAAGGCUUCUUACUGCGGAACACCGUAUCUCGCGCGCAAGCUCAACCUCAUCCUCAUGAUGCACAUCAAGCAAACACUUCCCGACAUCAAGGCACGCAUUUCCGGCUCUCUUCAAAAAUACUCGGACGAGCUCAAAACUUUGGGCGACAGCAUGCUCGGGAACCCAGCCAACAUCAUUCUCAACAUCAUCACUGAAUUCUCCAACGAAUACCGCAUGGUCCUGGAAGGUCACAAUGCAGAGCUAUCGUCGAUUGAGCUGUCAGGUGGUGCUCGUAUUGCAUUUGUCUACCACGAGCUGUACAGCAACGGUGUGAAGGCGGUGGACCCAUUCGAUCAAGUUAAGGACAUUGACAUCCGGACAAUUCUCUACAAUUCCUCUGGUUCUUCUCCGGCACUAUUCGUGGGCACCACCGCGUUUGAACUCAUCGUGAAGCAGCAAAUCAAGCGCCUCGAAGAGCCCUCUCUCAAGUGUGUGAGCCUCAUCUACGACGAGUUGGUUCGGAUAUUAGGUCAGCUCAUGAACAAGCCUCUUUUCCGUCGAUACCCUGGCUUGAAGGAGAAGCUCCAUGCGGUGGUUAUCGCGUUCUUCAAGAAAGCCAUGGAUCCCACCAACGCGCUAGUGAAGGAUAUGGUACAGAUGGAAUCCUGCUACGUCAACACUGGCCAUCCUGACUUCCUCAACGGACACCGCGCAAUGGCCAUUGUCAACGAAAAGCACGCAGCCAGCAAACCGAUUCAGGUCGAUCCCAAGACUGGCAAGCCUCUGCCUGCCAGCAUUCAGCCACCACGAUCAUCAAGCCCCAGCCUGGACCAGAACGGUGACGGGAAUGGCUUCUUCGGAUCUUUCUUCUCAAGCAAGAACAAGAAGAAGAUGGCCGCGAUGGAGCCUCCGCCACCGACACUGAAAGCCAGCGGUACACUCAGUGAGAAGGAGACACAGGAGGUCGAGGUCAUCAAGCUUUUGAUCUCGUCUUACUACAACAUUGUGCGCCGAACGAUGAUCGACAUGGUUCCCAAGGCGAUCAUGUUGAAGCUUGUCGAACACACCAAGGAAGAAAUGCAACGCGAACUCCUCGAGCAAAUGUACCGCACGCAAGAACUCGACGACCUACUCAAGGAAAGCGACUACACCGUCCGGAGAAGGAAGGAGUGUCAGCAAAUGGUGGAGAGCCUCAGUCGGGCUAGCGAGAUCGUCAGCCAGGUUCAGUAAAUUGAGUGUUUGAGCGAUGAUAUGAGCGGAGUUUGGUGGAAGCGAUCAUGAGGCCUACGAGCACGAGAUUGUCUCAUCAUGGAUAGAGUGGCGACCGGAGUGCUGUGGUUGGUAGAACUAUGGGCGGGUCGAGCAAGCGUGAGCCGAUAUCCCUUUGGUGCUGUGGUGGGUUGCAUUGUGAAUCGUGCACUUCCUGCGCAGUCUGCGAGAGCGAGCCGGGAACUAGAUAGCUGGGAGAAUGAAAAUUCCACCACU